GGCAUAAAAAUAGAGGGCUGGUGUCACAGCAAAUGUCAAAGGUUUGACCUCUCUUACUGUCUGCCACUCAUGUCUAAUACUGAAGUCUUCUGACCACCCCUAGAGCCACUUUUAACUAUGCCAUGCCCUUAUAGCCCAUCAUGACAUUCCUCCAAGUGAUGGCUGGUCACCACAUGACUGUUUGAUUUGAAGGCUGUAUCAAGGAAGGCACUGUGGUUGUUGAUGAGGAUUCGCUCGAGCUGCACAUGGUUCUGUUGGAACUGGUGGAUGUGGAGAAACAGAUCCGCGGCCUACUCGACAAGCAGGCCCAGCUGCUGGAACGAAGAACUGUGCUGGAAACAUCUUGUGCCUCUGCCUACACAUCCAAGGUAAGCACGCAGCGUGGUAUUACCACUCCCAGCCCCUCUACGCUGUGUGUUUCUCUGUGCAGGGGCCAUGCACCCAAGACUUUUCCAGCCGAGGCCUCCGUCACACCAGCGCCGACUCACCACGGACCUUGGGUGCACCAGCUGCGAAAGGCGAGAGCCAUACCCCGGGUGAGGACCUCUUCACCUCCGGUGUUCAAGAUCCCAAUCAGGAACCGCUUCUCCCCUCUCCGUCAGACCAGACCUAAUGCUGUGAUCGUCGUGUACUCCAUUGUGCGAAACGUCCGCAUUGCUUCAACAAAGGGUAAGGUGCACACACAUUGUUUUUCUGGUGCUCAUGUCCUUGAUGUCGCUGAGCAGGUAUCCGGGAUCCUGAAGAAGGACGAGCGAAUUGGAUUGGUUGUGCUGCACACGGGGGCGAACGACAUCAGGCUGCGGCAGACGGAGGUUCUGAAGAGGGACUUCGCCAGCCUGAUCGAGACGGUACAAGGCAGAUCACCCACCGUGAAGAUCAUUGUCUCUGGACCUCUUCCCACAUACAGAUGUGGAGCUGAAAAGUUCAGUAGACUUCUAGCUUUAAAUGACUGGUUAGUUUCUUGGUGUACUGAACAGAAUCUGGUGUUUGUUAAUAACUGGAAUCUGUUCUGGAAGUGUCCUAGGUUGUUUCGUCCUGAUGGCCUGCACCCCAGCAGCCUCGGAGCGGAACUACUGUCAGACAACAUCUCCAAGGCGCUACACACCAAGUGACUGCCUACCAUAAGUACAUCUUCCCACAAUAACAACAUUCAUAAUAAGCAAUGUUCAAUUAAUAGUCCAACACCUGUAGUACAUACUAUAGAGACUGUGUCUGUUCCCUGAGCUAUACAAGUACAUAGAAAAUUUUGAAAAUUAGUAACGUAAUUAACAUAAAAUUAGAUCAUACUGAUUGCACAUCCAGCACCUUUAUUCUGAAGCUAGGACUAUUAAACAUUAGAUCUCUUGCGUCUAAGGCUCUUAUUGUUAACAAAAUCAUUACUGAUCAGGAAUGUAAUUUAAUGUGUUUAACGGAAACUUGGAUUAAACCAAACGAGUACAUAGCAUUAAAUGAAGCCAGUCCUCCUGGAUACAGUUAUGUACAUCAGCCUCGUUCAACUGGUAGAGGAGGAGGUGUUGGUCUCAUCCAUAGUCAAAAUCUAAGUGUCACACAAAAACCUAGUCAUAAAUUUUUAUUUGAAAUAUUUUGAAAUUCUUUAUACCAGCAUAACUUAUGUAGCCACAAAAAAUAAGUCAAUUCCUCUAAUUAUUAUUUACAGACCCCCAGGGCCAUAUACUGAAUUUCUUAGUGAAUUUGCAAACUUUAUCUCAAACCUGGUUGUGUCUGUAGAUAAAGCAUUAAUCGUCAGUGAUUUUAAUAUUCAUUUUGAUAACCUGGAAGACCCUCUGAGAAUAGCGGUUGUGUCCAUUUUAGAUUCAGUAGGGAUUAUUGAGAAUGUAAUCGGACCUACUCAUAAUGGUGGUCACAGUCUUGACCUCAUACAAACAUAUGGAUUAAAUAUAGAACAUAUUGUAAUUUUUCCACAGUCUGAAGUUGUCUCAGACCAUUACCUUAUCUUGUUCAUAAUAAGCAUUGAUCAUAAUAUUUCCACCUCACCUCGCUACUGCGUAAAACGUACUUUCACAUCAGCUACUGCACCGAGCUUCAUAAAUAAUCUCGCAGAGACAUCAAUUAGAUUUGGAUCACCGUCUGAUCCGAUAGAACUCGAUCAGGCCACUGAAUGCUUAGAAUCAAGACUCCGCUACAUGCUAGAUAGAGUGGCUCCACUCAAAAGAAAAAUAAUUAGAGAGAAAAAACUAGCACCCUGGUAUAACGAUCAAACGCGUACCUUAAAACAGACCACUCGACAAUUAGAACGUAAAUGGCGUCAAACCAAAUUGGUAAUAUUUCAAACAGCAUGGGAGGAGAGCCUACUGAACUAUAGAAAAUCUCUUAGCGAUGCUAGAAAAGUCUAUCUCUCCACCUUUAUAGGAGACAACAAAAACAAUUCUAGAUUUCUAUUCAACACAGUAGCAAAAUUAA